AUGGUGCGACCAACCCCCCUGGCAGCUCUGGAUGCCAUGUGGAAGCACCGCUCUUCAGGUCGUGUGUGGGAUCGCGUUCAAGCUAAUGGCUUGAAAAGCGAGAUUUGUCCUGUCAGCUGGACAGGAGUGAACUCCAGAGCUUUUCGCGGCUUUGGAGCUGCCUGGUUGGCUCAAGCACUGUUGGCUCGAGCAUUCCAGCCUGCCGCUUUGCCGUGGUCUCUCUGCAACGCUGUUUCACAGCUGCUCAGGACGCCUCUGCAUCUUGCUUCUGCAAAUGGCCAUGCAGAUGUCAUUAGAUAUCUAGCAGGAAAGAACUGCAAGCUGAAUCUGGCUGAUGACUUAAAAAGAACUCCACUGAUGAGGGCAGUACAGUGCCAGCAAGAAGAAUGUGUGGCUAUUCUGCUAGAACAUGGUGCCGACCCAAAUCUGGCAGAUGCUGACGGCAACACUGCCCUUCACCUGGCUGUCCUGUCUGGUAAUGCUACUGUAGCAGGGCUGUUACUUGAGCAUAAUGCCAGUAUUGAUGCUCAGAACCAGGGGGGAUAUACCCCCUUAAAUCUUGCAAUCUCCAAACAGCACAAAGAGAUGCUGGAGUGUCUCCUAAAAAAAGCAGCUGGUGGGAAUGCUGCAGAGCAGUGUGAAAGAUGCUUUAGGACUGCUCUUGCGGUUACUACAAGCCACGAGGCUGAUGUAGAGCAAGACAAACUGUGCUUGAAGGAAGAGUGGGAGAAGGUUAAAGCGCAGGUAUGGAAAACCUGUCCCUACACAAGUAAAUCGGGGGUGCGGGCUGUUUCCCUGUUCAUCGUGAAAAUGGACAAAAGAUUGCGGGAGGUGGAAGAAAAAUACCUAAAUGCUGAGAAGUACGUUCAGAACUUGAUGGCUUCCAUGGAUGAGAAGGACAGAGAAGAGCUAGCUGCUGCUGAGGAACUGCAGGACCAGCUGUUGGCAUAUUUUAAGAACCACACUACUGUGAAACAACUGGAAGAACAUGUGCAACGGCUUGAAAUUCAAAAUACCAAAUUGGAAGCCACUGUCCACCAACAAAGUGACAGAAUUGAAGCUCUGCUGAGAGACCUGCAAGCCUCUGCCUCACACUCAGUGCCACAGCUGCAGCAGAAGGUUGCCAAUGCCAUUGUAGAGCAAUCCACAUCCAAAGCUUCACUGGCAGUUACUACGAGCCACAAGGCUGACCUUGAGAAAGUCAACCUGUACUUCCAUAAGGAGUUAGCUAGGUUGCGGGAGGUGGAAGAAAAAUACCUAAAUGCUGAGAAGUACGUUCAGAACUUGAUGGCUUCCAUGGAUGAGAAGGACAGAGAAGAGCUAGCUGCUGCUGAGGAACUGCAGGACCAGCUGUUGGCAUAUUUUAAGAACCACACUACUGUGAAACAACUGGAAGAACAUGUGCAACGGCUUGAAAUUCAAAAUACCAAAUUGGAAGCCACUGUCCACCAACAAAGUGACAGAAUUGAAGCUCUGCUGAGAGACCUGCAAGCCUCUGCCUCACACUCAGUGCCACAGCUGCAGCAGAAGGUUGCCAAUGCCAUUGUAGAGCAAUCCACAUCCAAAGCUUCACUGGCAGUUACUACGAGCCACAAGGCUGACCUUGAGAAAGUCAACCUGUACUUCCAUAAGGAGUUAGCUAGGUUCCAGGAGGUGGAAAAAAAAUACCUAAAUUCUGAGCGUUGUGUUCAGAACUUAAUUGCUGCCUUGGAUGAGAAGGAAAGAGAAACAACAGCUCUUGCUCUGAAACUGCAGGACCAGGUGUCGGAAUAUUUGGAGACUGUGAAACAAUUGGAAGAACACGUUCAACGCCUUGGAUUUGAAAAGACCUGUUUGGAGGCAACUGUCCAGCAACAAAGCAACAGGAUUGAAACCCUGCAGAGAGACCUGCAAGCCUCUGCCUCACACUCAGUGCCACAGCUGCAGCAGAAGGUUGCCAAUGCCAUUGUAGAGCAAUCCACAUCCAAAGCUUCACUGGCAGUUACUACGAGCCACAAGGCUGACCUUGAGAAAGUCAACCUGUACUUCCAUAAGGAGUUAGCUAGGUUGCAGGAGGUGGAAGAAAAAUACCUAAAUUCUGAGCGUUGUGUUCAGAACUUAAUUGCUGCCUUGGAUGAGAAGGAAAGAGAAACAACAGCUCUUGCUCUGAAACUGCAGGACCAGGUGUCGGAAUAUUUGGAGACUGUGAAACAAUUGGAAGAACACGUUCAACGCCUUGGAUUUGAAAAGACCUGUUUGGAGGCAACUGUCCAGCAACAAAGCAACAGGAUUGAAACCCUGCAGAGAGACCUGCAAGCCUCUGCCUCAGCACAGGCAGCCUCCCAGGACAGACUAGAACACAUCAGAGCAAGUCAUCAUGCUUCUCUGAGAAACCAGCUAAAAGACAGAAUUAGAGAACUUGAAUGUGAGUUGGACAAGAUAAAAAAUACUCAAGACAGUACUUUUCCAAAAGAAUGUACACAGGCAGAAAUGGAAAAGUACAAGGAGCUGUAUCUGGAGGAAGUGAAAACUAGAAGAUGUCUAGCAAAGAAACUGGAAAGAGCUAACGAGAGACUUGAAGAAGCCAACACUAAGCUCCUCCGGGAGCGCCACAAAAGCAAAUCGUUAAUCACAAGCAGCAUUGUCAGUGGAGGUCUGGCUGCAACUCCAGUUCUGUAUUCAACUGCACUGGGACAUUCUGGCAACCAUUUGGGACUGAACAGAAGUCUCAGUCUAGGUGAGGGCUUCCUCAGACAAUGUGAGAACGUCUUAUCAUCGAGAAAGAGGCUUGUAACCUCUGUAGUCAAGAGCCUGGCCAGGGCUCAAGGAGGAACCAAGGGACUUAUCUUUGAUCCUAUACCACCCUGGUUAGGCCACAUGUGGCCUCAUCCAGUUUCUAGAUGUGGAAAGGUACGUCAGGAACUGGAUGAAAAAAUCACUAAGGAACUAAAAGAAGGUCGGCAGUUCCGGGCUCUCGCUGUGUCUCUCAGUCUGUUCACCAGACUGGCGUCACUCAUCUUCACGUCCUUGGAUAUCCCGAAGGUUGGCAGUUCACGGCAUCUCGUCUCGGGCUCCCGCCCAAAGCUUAACCUAGAUCUCAGUCGGCAGCUUGCGAGCCCAGCUACCCGGACCAGACGUAUUCCUCAGCAUCUGGUCAAGCACCUAACCGGGUGA